GGCAAAAACCAUGUGGCGUGAAUGAAAGCCCUUGACGCAGGAGCAGAAGCAGAGGUCUGCUCCUGCAAGCCUAGGUAGCCCAGAAAGCCUGCGCCCUUUUCCUAAAUCCGCUCUCCUCCUACCGCCCUAGCCUUUUGAUGCUACAUCGCUACUACGGUCGAAAGAAACUCUGGAGUGAGACGGCAGCCAUGCACGCACGCACAGCUCAGGCACGGCCACAGAGGGAUGGACUAAUAAGAGCUGGUGGCCAACGCCCAUGGCAUAUAGUAUUGCCGUCUUGCUGUGACUUCGCAAUUGCAUCGCCAUUACAUGCUCGCAUCUUAGCUAGCUCAGGACAUAGGCUGCAGAAGUCUUAUCCAAGAGAAAAACAGAGCAGGAGAGGGAGAGCGAGCAAGGAGACCCCGGGACUUCUGUUUGAGAACAGAGGAGGCCUGAGAGCAGCUCCGGGAUCUCCGCCGGUCAUUCGCGCAUGCGUCCGGCGAUGUGUGGAACUCGGCGGCGCAAGCUGCGGUGGCUCUGCUUCUUCUUCUUGUACCUGCCCCUGCUCGCCAUGUCCCAAGGCGGCCAUGGCGAGCAGCUGGUGCAUGCCAAGGAGGACCAGGACGCGCGCCCAUUGCGGGUGAUGAACGGAGGAGGAAGAAUGGGGGAGCAGCGGCUGAGCAGGGUGGGGUCGCGGCCGCCGUGCUGCGCCUGCGAGCGCCGGUGCGGCGGCUGCGCCCCGUGCACGGCCGUGCAGGUGCGCGCCGGCGCCGGCGUGCAGUGUGCCAACUACGAGCCCAUCCGGUGGACGUGCAAGUGCGGCGGCGCCGUCUUCGACCCGUGAUGACGCCGUUUGCCAUCACCAUGUAACUAUAGGAGUUCUCUGUAAUUGAAGAACAACCUUUUUUUUAUUCAUCCAAAGGAACAUGCAGGUGCGAUCAUUGACCAACGCUACUGCUAAAUACUAAUAAAAAAACCAACCGUCAUUUAAGUGACUCAAAUUUGCCAAAUAUGAAUGUAUCUAUACAUGUAAUAGAAUGUCACUUGAUAUUGAUAUGGAACGGAGGGAGUAGAAACAGUCUAAUUUUCACCUCAGAAGUUCAGACUGGUUCAGAGUCUGAACUGGAGUGUUGUUUCACCUCUCAACUGGAGUAUUAUUGUUCGCU